CACACACACACACACACACACACACACACACACACACACACACACACACACACACACACACACAUAUACGCACACACAAAGGGGGACAUGUUGGCUCUCGUGGCCGCCGGCUGCGCCUUCUUCCCCGGACUCUUCCUGCUGUCCAAACAUGCUCUGAAGCACAUAAUGGGAUGGAGCUGGGGGGAGGCUGACAUCGUGUCCGCACGACUGGUGUCGUCCAUCCAGGCCAUCAUGGCUUCAGCAGCUGGAUUUACCAUCACCUCAUCCUGCAGGGACGUCAUGGAGGACAGCCAUUGGCUGACGGACAACUACAUCCUUUUUGCUACGCCAUACUUUGCCUACGACAUCUACGCCAUGUUCCUGUGCUACCAUCACAGGCUGCAGGUCAAAGGUCACGAGGAGGAGGUGAAGGGGGGGAAACGUUGGGCGUCUGUCGGGGGGUACCUGCGCAGAGAGAAGCUGAUGGUGCUGCAUCACAGUUUCAUGGUCACCUGCUGCUUCCCCGCUUCACAGAUGUGGCGUCAGGGGAAAGGAGAUUUCUUCCAGGGUGUUUUGUUUCUGGCUGAGCUCAGCACGCCGUUCGUCUGUCUUGGGAAAGUACUCAUCCAGUACAAGCAGCAGCACACUCUGCUGCACAAAGUGAACGGAGUCCUGAUGCUGCUCACCUUCUUCUGCUGCCGGGUCCUACUCUUCCCUUACCUGUACUACGCCUACAGCAGGUAUGCCUCCAUCCCUGUGUACGCGGUGCCCCUGGUGGCCCCGUGGCAGUGCAACCUGGGAGCCGCCCUGCUGUGGCCCCUGCAGCUCUACUGGUUCACUCUGAUCUUCAGAGGAGCUCUCCGCCUCUCCGCUGCCGGUGGAUGCUCAAAAUCAACGUGUAAAGCUGACAAUUACCGCUGUCUGAGCUCGAGUAACGGCUGCAGGAAGAGAACAUAAGUCAACACAAUGGACACUGCAAAUUAUUCGUUUACGUCAGAGGGAAUCUAAAAUCUAAAACAAGGGUCUUUUCUGUUGUGCAACAACAUCCUUUUCCACAUCACCUACUUCCUCAUUAUUUUUGUCGAACAUUUCUGGGUUGAGAUAGGAUGAAAGUCUUCUUUAUUUUAUAAAUACAGAAUAAACCACAUAAAAAAACCUUGUAUUUAUUUUUACAAUGAACAUCUCCAAGAACUUAGCAAUAAAAUACUCAAAAUAUUUCCUUUUUUUAUUAUUUUAAAGGCCAUGUUAAUUUCUCUUUAACUGUAGAUUAUAUGUACAGUCUAUGGUUGUGUUUAAGUAUUAGAAGGAGCAAUAUUGAGUCAUGGGUAAUUGGAAUUAAAAAUAGAAGUACAAAAAUUAAACGUAAAUGAAAAUGUUAUGUGAACAUAAACGAAAUGGGAAGUGUGGAAAUAUAAACAGAAAAUAUUUAAAUGUAAAAACAAAAUAAACAAACAAAUAAUUUAAAUAAUAGAAUAAAAUAUCUGAAAGAUAGAUACAGAAAUAAAAACAAUAUUAAAUAGAUAUUAUAUAUUUAUGGAAAAAUCUAAUAUUAUUUGUUUAUUUUCUUACAUAUUUUUUUCCCCUAUGUAAUGUUUUUAUUUAUUCAUCUUAAUGUUGUUUAUAUUUUAAUCUAUUUAUUUUUUACUUUUCGCUGAAGAUACUCCUUCUCUUCUGCAAGCUGGUGCAGGUUGAACCAGUAUCCCUCCUCUUAUACAAAUAUAUAAUAUUAAUCAUUUUCUAAUGAUAUAAUUUGGGCUAUAAUAGUAUGAGAAUAUCUUACAUACUUUCACUGUAAUAGCAUGUUUUCUACAGUGUGGUAUUAGCACAAUAUAAUAGAUUUGUAGUAUAUUAGUUUUUAAAUGUUUAGAGAUAAAAGGAUGUAUUUUUAAAAGAAAAUUGAAGACUUUUAAAACAUUUUAAAUAGGAGUGGUGUCAUAACCUUAGUUUUUAAAACUAAAUCACUUCUUUUCAUAAUUAUUUUGACUUGUGUUUUCUCUAAGCUCUUUUUGGCUUAAUUUUGUAACAAA